AUGAAGGAUGCCCUGACUCGCAAUGAGACCUGGAGCUUGCUGGCGCUGGUAGUCGCAUGUCUCGGAGUUCUCGCCAACACUUUUCAAGGCGACGGCGAACCUUUGGUCGCGUCUCUUGCUUUGAGCGGUAUUGCUUUUGCAGCCACUUAUAGUCUAAUACGAUGGCUAGGAGGGGUGUUUAUUAAGGCUGGAUUAAAAGGGAAGGACAUGUCAAAGUUGCGACAAGUUGAGAUUCCGGAAACAAUGGGCGCCGUUUGCGCCAUUGUUUAUAUACUAUUGUUGAUGGUUUUUAUUCCAUUCCCGUUUUACAAAGAUAUUGUGGCUGCGACAUCAGGAGGUGGAAAUCGAGAUGUGGUGUUACCAGUGGUCCAUGUUGAAACAGGACGGUUUCUCCAUCGUUUUCCUCAUAAUAAGCUUGCCUUAUACCUCUCUGGCCUUUUGUCGCUGCAGGCUAUUGUGAUCCUCGGUAUCGGUGACGACAUGCUCGAUAUACGGUGGCGGCACAAAGUGCUCAUCCCCGCGUUUGCAUCAAUACCAAUGCUUAUCGUGUAUUUUGUGGAUUUUGGCGUUACCCAUGUGGUUGUCCCAGUCCCGUUGCAGCGAUAUCUAGGGCCUUUCAUAGAUCUGGGCUGGCUGUAUUACGUGUACAUGGCCGCUGUUGCGAUAUUCUGUCCCAACAGCAUUAACAUGCUUGCCGGGAUUAAUGGGAUUGAGGUAUCUCAGUCAUUAGUAAUUGCGAUAUUACUGUUGAUAAAUGACGCCCUAUAUCUCUCCCCUUUCACUCCUUACCCCCAUCCAGCCAUGGACUCCCAUCUUUUUUCGAUAUAUCUUUUACUCCCAUUCAUUGCCGUGUCACUUGCACUUUGGUGGCAUAAUUGGUAUCCUGCAAAAGUUUUUGUAGGGGAUACCUACUGUUACUUUGCAGGAAUGGUUUUUGCGGUUGUGGGCAUUCUUGGUCAUUUCAGCAAGACUCUUCUUCUCAUGUUCAUCCCACAAAUCUUCAAUUUUGUCUACUCUACCCCUCAGCUUUUCCAUCUUGUCCCUUGUCCGCGACACCGUCUACCACAUUUCAAUUCCCGCACGGGGCUGCUUGAUCCUUCGGUAACGGAAUGGGGGCGUCCGCCCCCAUUUAUUAUUUCGACGGCUCUCGAGCUCCUCCACCAGCUGCGACUUGUGCGAAUACGGAAGAACGAAGCUGGAGAGAUUGUGGAAUCUACCAACCUGACGAUUCUGAACCUGUGGUUGGCAUGGUUUGGUCCAAUGAGGGAAGACAGGCUUGCUACACAGAUUGUGAUGCUCCAGGUGUUCUGUGGAAUUGUGGGCUUGCUGGUCAGGCAUAAGCUUGCUUUAUGGGUAUUUUCUGAAGACAACCGUUAA